AUGAUUAAGAACGGCUUCCAACUUCGUACGUCGAAGAGGUCGGCGACAGCAUCGAGAUAUACCACCCCGGAAGCUCUGGCUUUGCAUGAGGCCGUAACUCCCGACCGUUGGUGUGUCACCCGGUCAGAUCUGAUAUACUUACGGCACGAGGUUUGGCGUGCCAUCCAGUGCGGGGAGAUACGCCCUCUUGAUAACACUGACCGUUUUGAACCUUCGGACGGUCUAUACGGGCCAAACGUCUACACGGUGAACAAGCAAUACAUCAUGCCGGUGACGGAUGAAGCCGGCAAGGUGAGUUGGGCACUCAUGCGCCAUCCGGAAGGUUUGGAUUGCGAUGUCUUCAUCAGCCAUGCCUGGCAGGAGGGUGUUUUCGAGUUCUUGUCCAAGGUCUUGCAUUCCUGGCCGUCGGGUUCACGGAACGUCUGGUGCUGCAUGCUGGCCAACCCGCAGAAUUUGGACAUAGGGUCCUAUUUGCAAUCUCCGAGCAGGUCGCCCUUCGCACAAGCACUCCAGGCGUCUUCAUGUGUCCUGGUGGUGCCCAACCGCCAUCGUAGCAUUUACACCAGGCUUUGGUGCGGAUAUGAAGCCUAUAUCGCCCAUGAGGAGGGCAAGGUGAUCUUAAUUGCCCGACCUUCGUACAGCAACCAUAUCGGUGCCGCUGUUAUCUCAGCCACGCUAGUAGGACUGACUGGCAUGCUCUGCGGCGCAUUUCUUCUUCUCCGGCGCUGUGAGCUCCACCCCAUCCCCCUGUAUGUCAUAGCAACUGCUGCAUUCAUCAGCAUAAAUAUCAACCACUACAGAAGCCGCACGCUGCUGAACCGGCUGGGUGCUUUCACUUGUGGUAUUAUGUUCCUGGAAUGGACGACGGUCAACUUUGACGGUGCGGAGGGUCCGUCUCGCGUUCCCGGUAUCAUCCUUUGUGUCGAACAGCGCUUGCUGAUUCUUGCCGCUUUCUCUUUCUUCUUGCUGCUGGAGGCCGACCGGGUCAAUGCUGCAGCUAGAGCAUGGGAGGCGGAACAGCUUCGCCGCGGAUAUCAAGGCAGCAUCGCAGAUGCAACGUGCUCGGAUGCAGCUGACAGCGCUCGGAUCUUGGGGGAGAUUGGCGACAAGAUGGAGGCAGUGGAUUAUGCAAUCCACGUCUUGCUAAAGGCAGGGAUGUCAUCGCCCACGCUUCGGGAGAUUGCCCGUGCAGGAAUUGAUGUUCAGGGCGCCGGAAAUGCUGUCAUUGCUUUUCCCGUUGUAGCACUCGUUCCAUUGAACUUGGAGACGUUAUGGUCGACGUAUGUGGAUAUGGUCUACAUGAGCGAAGACGUCCAUCUUUGGAUUCCACUCUGGAUUUUCGAGUUCAUGUCUUUCCUGGUUCGGAUUGCUAUCGUUGUUGUCCUCUGCCGGAGUCAGCGGGACGAACGCUGCUUCAUCAUGAAGAUGAUGGGAAAAAUCGUUGGCCUUUGGGUCCUUGCGGCUUGUCCAUUCAUAGCCACCUGGGAGCUGCAAUCGAUGCAGACGUCAACUCCAAAGAGCGGCUGGUUUGCCGCGCCUUUGGUUGUCUACGCCAGCAUCCUCGGAUUUGCCUGCUUGGGAAUGCGCCGCCUUCUGCGGUGUCCGGGCUGUGGCUCCUGCUUGCUGCAGCUGUUCUUGGCCCGAGGCCGUGGAUAUUUUGGAGGUGCCCGGCUGCGCUCGUGGUUGAAGAAGGAGUCAGAUCCGGCCACGGACACUGAUUCGUCUCUUUCCUCGUCGGAAUCUCACGAUCUUCUCAGCAACGGUGGGAACUAA